UAUAUAUUUUUGUGUUUUUAUGUGCAGUUGAUUUUCUCCAUUUGGAUGAACAUGGUAAAGUACCUUAGGCUGUAAAUACUGAUGUGUUUGACGUAGUUUACCUUAAAAUUGUCAUCCAUAUACAAAUAAAAUACUUCGUUUUUAUUUUGAAAAUCACACAACGCAAAAACCAAAGAAACCGCAGUGCUGCUCGUUCCUGAUUGGACGAUUAGACUUACUCUCAGCCUGACCAAUGAGCGAGCAGCAGGUGAUUAUAUAAACGCGUAGUCUCUGCCGGAGUCCAUGUUCUCGCGGGAAUAGCACGAAGUCAGUUACAAAGAUGUCUGGACGCGGAAAGAGCGGAAAAACCAGAGCGAAGGCGAAGUCCCGGUCCUCCCGGGCCGGGCUGCAGUUCCCGGUGGGCCGUGUCCACAGGCUGCUGAGGAAGGGUAACUAUGCUCAGCGUGUUGGUGCCGGCGCCCCGGUGUACCUCGCGGCUGUGCUGGAGUAUCUGACGGCUGAGAUCCUGGAGCUGGCCGGAAACGCCGCCCGCGACAACAAGAAGACCAGGAUCAUCCCCCGCCACCUGCAGCUGGCCGUCCGCAACGACGAGGAGCUGAACAAGCUGCUGGGCGGAGUGACUAUCGCUCAGGGCGGCGUGCUGCCCAACAUCCAGGCCGUGCUGCUGCCUAAGAAGACUGAGAAGGCCAAAAGAAGCUCCGGGAGAAGCGCGCUGAUAAUAACGGCUCUUUUAAGGGCCACACAUAACAUCUGAGAGCAGUACGACCUUAAAUGAACUACGGCGGGUCACAGCCCGGACUCACUGGUCUGACCCGCUCUGGGUAAACGUUUCAACCAAAAGCAGCUGUGACACAAACCCGUGUGUAAGUGUUGAAACCACAGUGAGCCAGCGGAGCGUCUGUAGCUAACGAUCAACUCCUGUGACGGCUCAUAAAGGACGCCGUCACUGCAAAGGCCAGAAGACCUGCGGCUGUUUGUUCACAUAUUUAUCUCUAUUCACAAUAAUGUUAACACAUCAGACUCACCUGUCUCCAUGUAGAUCCUGUUGUUUCAAUCCUGUGCUGUACAUUUGACACGGUUAUAAUCUGAACGUUUGCUUUAAGAUGAGCUCAUGUUUAUUAAAGUAUAGAUUCCAUAUAAGGGAAGGACAACAGGAUGAAGACACGCUGUGGAAGAGAAAACUAUUAAUAACCAGGAUGAUUCAGUACACAGAGGUCUAUGAAGACUUAAUAGUGAAGAAGAAACACCCACUGCAUCAUGGGAAUGCCCCAGCAGCCUACACCUAGCACCGUGACGGUCUGUGACCUGCAAUAUUUAGGCUCAGUUAACAGCUACAGCUUGUACACAGGUGUGUUUGCUGUAUUCCUGCUCUGCUCUUUAGUUUGGGUAAAGAUGCUCUCCUCCUCACUCACGUUCCUUCCACGCAUCACUGCAUGUACGUGCACCUCUCCACAGGUCUGCGUGGGGCUUUGUUCCACCGCUUGUAUCCCAUGACUGAAGUGGACACUGACACAGGGACAGUAUGCUGGGUCAUAGGUCAGUGAGCUUCACCACAUGGCUGAAGGUUUGUCUUCCUGUCCCCCUGCAGUGUGAAGGAGCUCAGGUGUGGCAGACCAGCCCUCUGCUCUAGU